AUGUGGAAAAAUGGGAAAACGACACCUACCCACUUUGGCGGCAUUUCUCAAGAAAAGACUGAUGCAGAAGAAUUGCCGUUAAAACGCCUUUCCUUCGAUUUCAGUAUCUAUUUGCAGCUGGCAAUUUGUGCCUCUCUACAGUUACUUGCCGUGCACGUGACGGACUUGAACGAAUAUCUGGACGAGAAACUUCGACAGUCCUUGAUAGAAUUCAUCAAGAUUUACAUCCAAAAGACGUCGCCGGUGCAAGAAAAAUCGUAUAGAGUACAAUGGGACAGAUCAUGGCGGGUACCUAUAACAGGCGAUUAUCAGCCGUUCACCAUGAAUAUGCUCGACGAGGUGUUCAUCAUCGACGGCAAUCGUGUGAUGGCACCCUCUCUCAACGCGACCCCCUGGAACGAGACCUACGAUGGAUUUCGCGAAAUUUAUCGGAUCAGAGAGGAGUCCGUCGUUAAGUUCGUCAGGAGCAUCGUGUGGAAGAACACCAGUUACCUGUUAGUGUGUUACGAGCCCAGUCUGUGCGAUUUUUACACGGCAAAACCGAGUCACCCAUUACGAUUCCGCCACACCAUAGGAUACAGAGGCAUCCCCGUAGAUGCUAAAUUUUUCACACAGGACGACCGACUCCAUCUUAUCAUCGCCAAUAAUGCCGACAAAUUUUCCAUACCGUCCGUGUGAGUCUCACAAGCUUAUUCCUGAAAAAGAGAGACAGAGAGGCAGAUUUAUUUAAAUA